AUGACCAAGGAUUUUACGACCUUGGAGAAAGCGCUGGAAUUGGCUCAACAAUACGAGCUUGCGAAGAGCACGAAGCGCGGUCAGCCCGCCGCUGAAGUAGCCAGGAUCGAAGGCGCGCCGAGAAGAGGCGGAGGCAACCGUGCGCGGGGAAACAGACAAGGAGCUGGACGCGGCAGAGGCAACGCGCCAGUUCGAAGCGGACCCGGAGGUGACACACCGUGCGCCGGAUGCGGAGCUAACCACGCGCGCACAGAGUGUUGGGCAAAGGACGCUGUGUGCCGGAAUUGCGGGAAGAAAGGGCACAUCGUCAAAGUAUGCCGCAGCAGCAAGCAACCGCCACAGCGAGGCCGAGACGGACGGCGAACCAUGAUGGUCGAAGAAGAGUUCGACGUCAUGUCGGUUGACGCCGCGAUUGGGCAAUCCAUUUACGUGCCAGUGCAGUUGAACGGCACCCCAGUGUCGACGGUGCUCGAUACAGGCUCCGGUGUCACCAUAAUCACGGUGGAGACAUGGAGACAGAUUGGUUCACCCAAACUGGCCCCAUACACGCAUCCACUGCGCAGCUUCACCGGCCAUACCUUACGUGUGAUGGGAACGGCCACGGUAAAGGUCACACACGCGCAGACCCGGAAAUCGCUGCCGAUAGUGGUGGCUGCGCAAGGUGGCAACGUCCUUGGACGCGACUGGAUCCAGGCACUGGAUCUAAGCAGACUAAGCCUCAAGGAUCUCCAGGCGUCAUCCAUCCGGCUGGUCGCUGGUGACCUCAAGCUUGAAGAAGUCCUCAACCGCCACCGGGCCGUUUUUCGCGACGAAUUAGGGCACUGCAAACAGUACAAAGCACAUUUGUACCUGAAGCCGAACGCGAAGCCGGUGUUCUGUAGAGCCAGAACUGUGCCUUUCGCGUUCCGCGAAGCGGUAGAGAAGGACCUGGACAGACUGGUGGAACGCGGUAUCCUGACACCAGUCGAUCAUGCCGAGUGGGCAGCUCCGAUCGUCGGUACUCAGAAGCGGGGUGGUGAUAUUCGGACAUGUGCGGACCUUAGCACAGGCUUGAACGACUCCCUGGAUGUCCAGAAGUACCCGCUCCCGACACCAGACGAGUUGUUUGCGAAACUCAAUGGUGGCAGCAAAUUCAGUACACUCGACCUGGCCGAAGCAUACGCCCAAAUCGAGCUGGACGAGGAGAGCAAACAGCUGGUUGUAGUCAACACACACAAAGGCCUGUUUCGCUACAACCGUCUCCCAUUUGGCGUGGCCAGUGGUCCAAGCAUCUUUCAACAGAUCAUCGAGCGGAUCCUGCAGGGCUGUGAAGGUGUCGCUGUCUACCUAGAUGACAUUAUUGUCACCGGUGCGACGGAAGAAGAACACCUCCGCAACCUCGAAAAAGUCCUGCAGCGGCUCGAAGAACACGGCCUGACGCUUAAGCAGACCAAGUGCCGGUUCAUGCAAGAAUCGGUGGAGUACCUUGGCUUUGUGGUGGACAGCCGCGGCCGACACAUAUCGCGCGACCGCGCCAAAGCACUGCUGGAUAUGGACGAACCAAGGAACGUCAGCGAGCUACGCGCCUUCCUUGGCAUGGUGAAUCACUACGGGAAGUUCCUUCCCGAUGUAUCGACAAAGUGUAAUGUCUACCACAAUCUCCUGAAGACCGGAGCGACAUGGGACUGGUCAAAGGAAUGUGCGCGUCAGUUCCGAGAACUGAAAGAGGACAUCGUCCGGGCGACAUUCUUGGUGCACUUCAACCCGGAAAUGCCACUGGUGCUGGCUGCCGACGCCUCCCAGUAUGGCCUGGGUGCUGUUCUGUGCCACCGGUUCCCUGACGGGACAGAGCGACCAAUUGCCCACGCGUCCAAGAGUCUCAGUGCGGCCGAAAAGAAUUAUGGUCAAAUAGAGAAAGAAGCUUUGGCGCUGGUGUUUGGUUGCAAGAAAUUCCACCAGUACAUCGCUGGGAGGGAGUUUACGCUGCUGACAGACCAUAAGCCGCUUCUCAGCGUAUUCGGCAGCCGGAAGGGCGUUCCCGUCGUGACCGCCAACCGCCUACAGCGAUGGGCGUUGCUGCUCAUGGGGUACAGUUUCUCCAUCGAGUAUCGCAGGACGGAGGAUUUCGGCCAAGCAGACGGGUUGAGCCGCCUGCCACUGCACUCUACGCAGCUGGAAGGCAUAUCCGGUCUCGGCAUGGACAACGUCGUGAGUGCCGUGCAUAGCGACAACGCCAACCACCUGCCGCUGUCAGUCACAGCGAUCGCGGAGGAGACACUGGUUGACCCGGAACUCCGAGAAGUAAGCCGUUACAUCCAGAACGGCUGGCCUAGUACCGUUGCAGAUACCCUCCGACCGUACAAACGGCUGGAGCACGAACUGGUCAGGGUGAAUGGCUGUGUCUGCUGGGGUCACCGGACUGUGAUCCCCGAGAAGUUUCGCCAGCAGGUGCUAGCAUACUUGCACGAAGCCCACAUGGGGGCUGGCAAGAUGAAGGCCGAAGCCCGAGGCUACUGUUGGUGGCCGCAGAUGGACCGCGAUAUCGAGCAAGUCACCAAAGACUGCCGCACCUGCGCAGAGCGAGCACAUGACACCGCGAAGGUUCCCUUGGCCCAGUGGGAAGUUCCUGACGCGCCGUGGAAACGCGUACAUAUGGACUUUGCAGGUCCGUACCAUGGAACGAUGCUGUUCGUGGUAGUGGACGCCAUGUCAAAGUGGCCGGAAGUCAUUUCCAUGAAGCACGCCACGACCGAGACUGUCAUUGAUGCUCUGCUCACGAUGUUCAGUCGCUACGGAGCAUUUGCAGAAGCCGUUUCCGACAACGGUACGCAAUUUACUUCACAGCAGUUUGCGGAUUUUUGUACCCAGUUCGGAAUUAAGCACAUCCGAACGCCACCGGGUCACCCGCAGUCCAACGGGCAAGCAGAGCGUUACGUGCAGACCGUGAAAGAGGGAAUCGCGAAGCUGAUGGAAGAUGGUAAAACACUUCCGGUUGCCCUGCGUCAGUUCCUUUGGCGGUAUCGCAGUGUUCCACACGCCACAACGGGCAAGUCGCCGGCCGAGCUGUUCAUGGGCCGCAAAAUGCGCUCAACGUUGGACCUGCUGAUCCCCGUCAUGAUGACUACUGCUGAGCGUAACCGCGAACGCUACCGCAGGAAUUUCGACAAGCGGACUGUGCAAAAAAACUUUCUGCCUGGUCAGCUGGUUCUCGUUCGAGAUUUCCGCCCCAGUCGCGACGUUGACUGGGUUAGUGGAAAACUGAUCAAACGGGAUGGCACCCGAAUCUGGGAGGUUUCCGUCAACGGAACAGUCUGGCGCCGCCACUAUAAUCAAAUUCGACCACGAUACUGGCUGGAACCAUAUGAAACGAAACUGGGCAGUACAUUGCCAGAAAAGCCAGUUGUCGACGCACAGAACAAUACUGCAGCACGAAUGGCGGAUGAAACACCAAAACAGGAGGCGCGCCCUGCUAUUGAAACUGUGAAAUCUCCGCCAGAUAACGUCAAAGAAGCAACAACAGCGAAAAAUGAGCCAGCGGCAUCUCAACAGCCAACCAAACCGAAAAAGGUCAAGCCGCCGCAGCCCGUUGAAGAUUUACGAAGAACGGAGCGAACCAUAGUGAAACCGGAUCGAUUGAUAGCGGAUCCUAAAUUUGGUUCUUAA